AGCUGAUUAAAGACGGCUGAGAUGAGUUUUGGGCUUAAUUUCAACAUGCUGAAUGACCCAGUGGCUUUCUUCAGAAAAGUCUGCAGCAGCAGCAUCCGAGCUUUCAGCCAUUUUACACCUGCUUCAUUGUGCUGCCGAACCUGAGGCUCCUCGCCUUUGAAACCGGCUGUCAUCACACUCCUCUGGGCUGGAUCCCUCUCCGCUGGACCCCUCUCUGCUGAACCAGCUGUUGGGAUGCAGACACUGUUCGGACAGAAAAGCGAGCAGCACCCGUGAAGCAUCAUGGGCAUUGGCUGAUGAGCAAACCAACAACAGGUCAACUGCUGACACACCCAACUCGGCAUGGAUCAGGCUUUAAGUAUAAAAUCUCUGAAGAAGCUGGCAGCGGAACCAGACUACACUGAUGUGACGCUGACAGCAGCAGAGCGUGUGCGAGCUCUGGCAAAAAUGGGAUGCUGCAUAGAGAUUAAUGAGGAUAUCGAACCCAGACGCUACUUUCGCUCCGGAGUGGAGAUGGAGCGCAUGGCAGCAGUUUACCUGGAGGAGGGCAGCCUGGAGAAUGCAUAUGUCCUCUACACCAAGCUCAUCACGCUGUUUGUGGAGAAGCUGCCAAACCACAGGGAUUACGAACAGUGUUCGGCCAUCCCAGAGAAGCAGCUCAUCAUGAAGAAACUCCAAGAAGUCGCUUUUCCUCGGAAGGAGGCGCUGAAAAAACGUCUUCAGGAGAAAUACAGCAAGGAGCACUCAGAGUACCUCAGAGUGCAGGGCCAGGCCAUGGUGGUGGAUGGGUGUGGUCAGCACCUGCAGCAACUCUCUUUGCUUGACGAGGACAGGCAGCGCCUCUUGCUGCUGGAGGAGGAGAAGCAGCGAGUAGCAGCACUGCGACGGAUGCAGAUAGAGUCAGAACAGUUUCGCUACUUUGAGGAUCAGCUGAGGCGUCAGGAGCUGGCGAAUAAGAGAGGAGAGGAGGCAGCACUGAAGGUGCAGACCAAAGUGCCUGAGGUCUCAGAUGGCUGUUGUUUGUCUAAGCAGUCGAUCAAAAGCAGCAUAUAUUCUCAGAGGUUGGACCCAAACAGAAACAGGUCUGUGACUGUGACCCAACCAGUUGCCGCGUUAGCAGGAAUACACAAUCAGAGGGUGGAGGGUCUGAGGCAAGUGGUGAUUCCCAGAGAUUUGACACAUCGGUUCCUCCUGCUGGCCGACUCCAACACGGCCAGAGGAAUAGAAACCUGCGGUGUCCUCUGUGGACGGUUGACCCAUAACGAAUUUGUGCUGACUCAUGUGGUGAUCCCAAAACAAUCAGCUGGACCGGAUUUCUGUGAUAUGGAGAAUGUGGAGGAGCUAUUUGGAUUCCAGGACCAACAGAAUCUGCUGACACUGGGGUGGAUUCAUACCCAUCCCUCCCAGACUGCAUUCCUGUCCAGUGUGGACCUUCACACUCACUGUUCCUACCAGCUGAUGCUUCCAGAGGCGCUGGCCAUCGUUUGUGCUCCAAAACACAAUGAUAUGGGUGUGUUCAGACUCACUGGUGCAGGCAUGUUGGAAGUUUCUGGAUGCAGACAAAAAGGUUUCCAUCCCCACUCCAAGGAGCCUCCUCUGUUCACGAAGAAGAAGCUAUCGACAAUGCCAGCAGGUGUGACAAUUCAUGUUUCCCCAUCAGAUACGAUUCCCCCAGCAUCUCCUCGCUGCUCUGCACCACCCAGGUGGUAAAAUAUGCGCGUGCUUGUUCAACGCUCAUAACAAUCACACGUUGUUCAGCGCUCUUAUCUGAUGAACUUCAGACACAGAAUGUAAAUGGAACAAAAAUUCCAUACUCGUUGGAUCAUUGUCAUGUAAGCAGGGCCUUAAGAGUAGACCCACCGCUUCUCCACCCCAAGAGAAGCCAGUUGAGAUGGCUCUGGCAACUGUUAGGAUGCCUCCUGAACCCCUCCUUGUUCAGGUGCUCCAUGCACAUCCCUCCAAGAGGAAACCUAGAGAAGUUUUUCUGCUGGCCUGGGAACGCAUUGGAUUCAUCACAGGAGCUGGCCCAAGUGGUGGGGGAGAGAGAAGUCUGGGCCUCUCUAGUUGGGCCGCAACCUUUGUAAGCCAAUCCCAGAUAAGUGGAAGAAAAUGGAUGGAUGAAUUUAUAUCGGUGCACAUUUUCAAAUCAGUUUUAAUCUGAGUAGAUUUAAUGGAGUUUGACUAAACUGCUGCCUUUCAUAACUCUGGCCCCUCUGGUCUUCUCAGGUCUGUAAGCACGUGGUGGUCAGGGACUACAAGCUCAACCUGUUGGACCUCAGAUGACAGAAGGAAAGCACUGCCCUUCUGUUUACUGCCAUGCUUUUGUGCUAAAGAUGAAGUUGUAAACUCAUUGCCUCGGCGUUUGUGUGAACCUAUCAGCUGACCUCACAGUGGGAUAUCUCUGUUGUUCUGCUUCUUGUACGUGAUGCAGUAAACUGGGUUUUCUGUACCUAAAAAAAAAUAUCAGACAUCAGAAGAUUGAGUGCCUUCACAUUGAAACGUAUAGUGCAAAUUAUGCUGCAACCCUUAUGGACUUUAUAUGAACAUAUUUUCUGUAUCUGCUGUGAAAUGUUUUUUUUUCACUUGUGUUUUAAACACAAUAGAUGGAAUUUUCUCCUUUAGUGGUGUUAAAAAAACACCAAAACGUUUUGAAAAUACUGUUUUGUUUUUUACUCUUCGAUUUUUGAUCCUCUGAAAAGCUCAAAAACCUGCAGCUGAUCUGUCCAAACUUUGCAUCCAUGUGAGACACGAGAACCAGUCAAAUUCAUAACUGAAAAUCAUAAAUAGUCAGUCGACACAUUUCCCUUUUGUGUUCAUGGUUUCACCUCAAAUUAACAGGCUAGCAGCAGUUGCAUUAGACCCCAUAGAGCACUGCCUGACAGGCUGCUGAGACUAUGCCUGAAAACAGUACUCAGGGCUUUAACAAUGCUGUACAUGUGACUGGAGCUUUAUGAAAGACUCAGUUGAUCCAGUUAGUGUUCCGAAAGAAUAAAUAUAGUUCAUUCUUGAUGUGGCAAAGUCAAAAUGAGGCCUUAAUGUUUUAAUCAGUUAGUUACCAUAGAAACCUCAAGUCUGCUGGUCACUCUGGGCUGACUGGACCACUCACGCCAUGCUAACUAUUAGUCCACAGGUCACCUAUGUCAACAGCAAAAUCUGAAAUAAUGUAAAACUUUUUACUGGCAAAGAAACUGUAUUUUUGAUUAUUUCUACAUAUAUCUACCCAACCUACACACAAGUACCGUAAUAAUAAUAGAUUUGAUUUAUGAUAAAUGGUUUGUAUUUGUUCAGACCAUUCAGUCAUUUACCCAUUAACUCACUGAUGGUAGCAGGAUUGUGGCCCCAGCUGCCCUGGAGCACUCUGACAGAGGAGAGGCUGCCAUGCACAAGCACCACCAGGCCCCCUGACCACCACCAGUAGGGAAGGUGAGCUAAGUAUCUAACUAAAGACACAAUGACAGACAGAAAAGGAUGGAGCAGAAAUCAAAUUGGCAGCCUAUCAAUUGCAAGACAAACACCAACAACACCUACCCACCAUUUAUCCUUUAUAUCUUAAGAUCCAAAAGGUGUGUAUAUGUCAGGGAUUAACUGACGAUUUUCUGUAUUUGAACUUUUGUAAAAAGAAAAAAAAAACUGAAAAUUCGAAGCCCAUCCAUCAUUUGGACAGAUUAUAAUGUGUCCUGGCGAUGGACAGGCAACCUGUCCAGGGUGACUCCACCUCUGCCCGAAACGUUUGCUGGAGAUGGGCAUCAGGGCUCUCCUGACCCCACUGGGGAUAAGGAUGUAAGAAAAUGAAUGGGAGGAUGGACAAGUGCAUAUGUGCAGACGUUAUAAAUUUAUACAACUAAAUGUAUUUAAGGACAAUGAAAAGCACGUUUUGAUUGA